AUGAAGAGGUUCUACAAGCAGAGAAAAAAUGGUAUUGACAAGCCAUCUAAAUCAAAGAAAAAAUCUCAGGCGGUCACUGAGUAUCAUGAUAAUGAGUACACUGAGGAGGAAAAGAUUUUGAGGGAAUUUGACAUGAACGUAGCUUAUGGACCUUGUAUUGGAUUGACAAGACUAGAACGCUGGGAACGUGCCCACAAGUUCGGUUUGAACCCCCCACAGCAUAUCAAGAUCCUUUUGGAAAGUGACAAAGCUCAGUUAGAAUGCUUGUGGAAUAAGCACAAGUAG